ACCAUGGGAUGGGACAACCUAACAAGUCCUGAAUUUAUCCUGCUGGGCCUCUUCUCUAGGCCCGAGGAUCAGAAGCCUCUCUUUGUCCUAUUUCUAACCAUCUACCUGAUCACUCUGAUGGGAAACCUGGUCAUUAUCCUGGCCAUCUAUUCAGAUAUUCACCUACAGACCCCCAUGUAUUUCUUUCUGAGAAGCCUGUCCUUUGUUGAUAUUUGCUACACAGCGGUUAUUAUUCCAAAGAUGCUGAUAAACUUCUCAUCAGAGGCAAAGACCAUCCUCUAAAGCGAGUGCACGACCCAGGUAUAUUUCUGCCUAUCCUUUGGUAAUGUAGAUAGUUAUGUCCUAGGGGCCAUGGCCAUUGACUGCUACGUGGCCAUAUGCAAACCCUUUCAUUACAUCACCAUCAUGAGCUAUAAAUGCUGUGUCCUUUUACUGAUAAUCUCCUUCAUCCUCCCAUUACUUCACUCACUCCUCCACAUCCACUUGCUGAAUCGACUCACCUUCUGUGCCUCCAACAUUAUGCAUCAUUUCUUCUGUGAACUCAAGGCAAUGCUGAAGUUGUCCUGCUCAUCUACAUUUGUCAAUGAGAUAGUGAUAAAAACAGAAGGACUGUCUGGCAUAAUGGCCCCCUUUAUGUGCAUCACCAUCUCUUAUCUGAGAAUCCUCACCACUGUUCCAACUGCUGGGAAGUACAAGACCUUCUCUACCUGUGGCUCCCAUCUCACUGUGGUGACCCUGUUUUAUGGGAAUAUUAGCUUUGUCUAUUUCCAGGCUCUGAACAGCUAUACCAUCAAGGACCGGAUAGCAGCAGUUAUCUACCCUAUGUUAACUUCCAUGUUGAACCCUUUCAUCUACAGUCUGAGAAACAGUGACAUGAAACAGGGCUUGGGGAAGCUGAUAGGUAGGAUAAAGUCCCAAUGA